UUGAGCAUCAGCAAAUGUUUGUUUGAUCACACUCUUCAACAUUGCCGUCACACCAUCUCCAGCUUUCCUAUCUCAGCUAGCUCCUCCAUUUCUGUAAUUCUGUACAGAACCAUAUAGCUAAAGAACUAUCUAGCAAUUAAUUAUCUGCAGCCACUCUCGUAAUUGAAGCUGUAAAGAGACCAAUCUAAUUGACAUGGAGAAGGUUCUGACUGGUGAAAGAACUACUGCUCAUGCAACGACAUCAAUCGAUGAGGAAGUAGUAGAAUUUGAGGAUGAUGCACAUAGUAUAAUUCAACAAUAUAAUUGACUGGAGGAACAAAGGAAGUAGACGUUGUCUCGAUUGUUGGAAUGCAUGGAUUAGGCAAAACAACUUUGGCUAGAAAGGUGUUCAAUCAUUUUAUUGAUAAUAUAUAGACACUUUGACGUCCGAGCAUGGUGCUCUAUAUCUAAGGAAUAUAGUUUGAUGAAGGUGUUCUUGCAGAUUCUUAAACAAGUCAUAGGCAAUUUGGAUGAUAUCAAAGAUGAAGACAUGCCUGACAAGUUGCGAAAGAAUAUAAUGCGCAGGAGAUAUCUCAUUGUAUUAGAUGAUAUAUGGGAAGUUAAGGCAUGGGAAGAGUUGCAAUUAUCUUUCCCACAUGAUGAAAAUGGAAGCAGAAUACUGGUAACAACUCGAAAUGAAGAAGUGGGUUGGCAGCUUAAGCACCAUAGUAAUCCAUAUUCUCUUAGAUUUCUCACAGUGGAUGAGAGUUGGGAAUUAUUCCAGAAGAAAGUAUUUCAAGGAGAGAUCUGUCCCCCCGAGCUACUCAGAGAAGGACAACGAAUUGCCAAAAAUUGCAAAGGGUUACCACUUGUGAUCGUCUUGAUUGCUGGAACUAUUGCAGAGAAAAGGCAAGCCUCUUUAUGGCUUGAGGUCGCAAACGAUUUAAGUUCCCAUGCUUCAGAAGAGCAAAGCAUGAAGAUAAUAGAGUCAAGUUGUGACAAUUUGGAAGACCAUUCAAAGCCUAUCCUUCUUUACAUGGGGUUGUUUCCAGAAGACCACAAAUUUCCAGUAUCCGAUUUACUAAAAUUGUGGAUGGGUGAAAGUUUUGUAAAAGUUGUGGAUGGGUGAAAAUUUUGUACAGGUAAUGGACACAGAGAACAUGGAGGAAGCAUCUAAAAUUUGUUUGAACGAUCUAGUGAACAGAAGCCUAGUAGUGGUUACUAAAAGGAGAAGUACAACAACAACAACAACAACGACCCAGUAUAAUCCCACAAGUGGGGUUUGGGGAGGGUAAUAUGUACGCAGACUACAAAAAAACAAGUUUAAUGGUGAGAUAAAUUGGGUUAUUGCAGUAAGUCACUUCAGGAUUCAGCUCUCAACAUUAAAAAACAAGUUAGAAGAGACCACAGGAUGUGACAGUCUCCAAGUUGAUGCCCCGUAUCGUUAAAUAAAGGUGAGGCCACUAGUAUGGUGCACUAAGCUCCCUCUAUGCGUGAUGCGCGGGGUCCAACCACAAAGGUCUAUCUAUGAAUAAAGGAAAGUGAUUUCAUAAUUAUGAUACAGAGUUUUUGGCAAAAAUCAUCCUUGAACUAUAUAGCCCAAACCUAAAGUACAUCCUUGUGAUGCCUUAGUGAACAAAAAAAUCCUUAUGCUAUUUAAG